CCGACCCGUUCGCCCCACGCAGCCGCCACCCGCGCCACGAAGCCACGGGCACGGAGCCACCGUCUCUCACCGGCCGCAACUUCCACUUCCGCCACGGUUCUAGGAUGCCCUUCGCCGGCAGAUUGAUUGACCUGCGCACCGAUGGGUAGUCCCAAGAAGAGUGCCUGCGCCGCCGCGGACCUCACCGACGACCUCAUCGUCGAGAUCCUGUCGAGGCUUCCGGCCAAAUCGAUCUGCCGCUUCAAGUGCGUUUCCUGGCACUGGUACGGCCUAAUCACCAACCCCGAGCACCGCAAGAAGAUCCCCCAGACGCUCUCCGGUUUCUUCUACCCCAGUUCCAACAUGUGGACCCCAGAGGACCCCGCCAGAACAAUCCCCGAUUUCGUUGGCAUCGUGGGGGACGAAGAGCCAUUUUCAGACCCCUCGUUGACCUUCUUGGCCUCCUACAGCUCGAUUAUUCCAAAGAUCUCCUGCAACGGCCUUCUUUUCUGCUUGUGCUGGAAGAUCUCCCCAAGAGAUGAAAGCGAUUUUGUUGUGUGCAAUCCUGCGACAGAGAAAUGGGUUGUCGUGCCGGACUCGGCUGAUGAAAGCAUUUCUUUGGAGUACCAUUUUGUUUUUGACCCAGCCAUCUCCCCCCACUUCCAAGUGUUCGAAAUUACAGAUGCGGAUGAGAAUUAUGGAUACAUCGGUGAUGUGAAUAUCUACUCAUCGGAGACAGGUGCAUGGAAUUGCAGAGGGAAUGGUUGGGGCGAUGAGCUUCAGUUAGUCGAUAGAGGAGGUGUUUUUCUCAAUGGAAUGUUGCAUCUGCUGACCUAUGAUUUUAAGAUAUUGGCAGUGGACACAAAGGGGGGGAAAUGGAGGACCAUUCCUUUGAUGGAACCUAUGACUGUCUCUUGCUUUUGUAGAGGUCCUCUCGCAUUUAUUGGUCAGUCUCAAGGGCGAUUGUAUUACAUAAAUAUGAGGGCUGCUGAUACCUCAAAAUUGUCAGUCUGGAUUCUUGAGGACUAUGACAGUGGUGAAUGGAUAUUUAGGUACAACAUUAGCACCGCGCAGAUUUUUGGGGAGAAGAAUCUAAUGUUUGAGAGGGACUACGCUUUGAUUGCGAUUCAUCCAGAAAGCAAUUUGGUUUUCUUUGUUUGUAGGUGCGAGGAUUUGCUGAUAUCAUAUGACAUGGAUCGUGGUAAAGUUUGUGUUAGCAAUCUCAAAGAGCAUCUGUAUAAUCGCCCAUUUCUUCCCUAUCUUCCAUAUGUUCCAUUUCUCAAGGAUUCACUGGCUGCUCAAGGCUAGAAGCAUGAUUUGCAGUGUGGACGCCAACAAUAGUUACCCUCAAGUGACAUGGAUGCCUACAGCCAGUUGUCCCCAAAUUUAACAAUGUAGCUGCGGCUUGUGUAACUCACCUGUUUUUCUGGCCCUUAUUUUGUGUUUAUGCUUUAAUUAUUCUUGAUUUUGAUAUCAAGAAAUGCUAUAAGUCAUGAAUUUCCUGUAACUAUCUUUACAGAGGCUGCAUAUUCAGUCAAGUUUUCUUGCUUUUGACUAAUUGUAUUUGUUUCCAUUUGUUAGCUGUGUCAGUGUGCAUGCUAUGUUAUCAACAUGCACAUAUUGACUCUCUCUCGUCCAAUAAGAGGAGAGUUACUUUA